CAGUUUUCAGUAUUUCAGUAUCGAUUGAACAGCCGCGCGUAGCUCAUCGAAACCGAGGAAGCGACGCGACGAGAGAGCGAGCGAGACAGCGGACAGGCGACGACGACAGGGUAAAGGAGAGGAAAGGGAGACGGAGACGGAAGCGGAGACGGAGACAGAGACGGAGACAUUCGAGCGCCUGCCGCCCCCUCUUUUGUAAUAAAUAGCGCUGUGCGAGGCGACCACACUACCAAACGGCAAAAGUCCGCUGAGAGCGACGCAACGUAGGCCACAAAGGCCCGCCCCCCAAACUCCCCCCCGGUGGAAAGACACAACCAGAACAACAACACACACACUCCACCCCCUUUGACAAAAGGGAGAACAGAGUGAAACAGCUGGUACAGAAAAUAUAAAAACCCAAGCUGACCAAAACAAAAGCAGAAAUUAGCAAAUGACCAAAGGGAAUUAAAAAAAAAAAGAUAAUAAACCCACAAAGUGCCUUAUAAAAAAAAAACAACCCACCAGUUCAAAAAAUUUCAGUGUGAUAAGAAAAUAUCAUAAUAACCCAACUCAAUCCCAAAAACAUUUUCCGUCUUUUUUUGAUUGUUUUUAAAGUUUUGUUUUUGUUUUGUAAAGUGCGUUGUUUCGAAAAUCAAAGAAAUGGAAAAAUAAUAUAAUUAACAAACCACACAACUGGCAGGCAUAAAUUAAGAAAAUCGAAAAACACAAAACAAAUCAAAAAAACCACAACAACGUAAAAAAGUAUCCAUAAAUCUAUAUAUACUACACCUCAUAUAUAGAGAGACCUAAAAUAAAACUAAAACAAAAACAAAGCAAGUCCAGGAAAGAAAAACAAAAAAAAAACAGCAGAAGCAGAAGAAAGAGCACAGAAGGAGAAACGAAGAACACAAAGACAGCAGAAGCAGAAGAAGAAGCAGAAAUGGCAACCAAACAGCCCAGAAAAGUGGCCCCCGAUGGCGGAUGGGGAUGGGUGGCUUGUUUUGGCGUUAGUUUGGUCAACCUGGCCACCCGCUCGAUUGAGCCCUCGUUCGGCCUGCUCUUCGGCGACACCCUCAAGGAUCUCAAUGUGGGCACAACGGGAGCGGCGAUCAUCAUCAGUGCGCUGGACGUGUGCAUGAAUUUCUCGGGCCUCUUUGUGGGCCCACUGCUGAAGGAGUUCUCCUACCGCAAGGUGGCCAUCGCCGGUUCGCUGCUGUGCGGCUUGGGCCUGGCGCUCACAUCGCCGGCGACGAGCAUGGCCCACAUUCUGAGCACCUAUUCGGUGAUCAAUGGCAUCGGUGUCGGUCUCUCUACAUCCGCGGCCUUUGUGGCCCUCAAUCAUUACUUCAAGCACAAGCGCGGUCAGGCGGUUGGCCUAUCGAUGGCUGGGACGGCCAUGGGUAUGUUGAUAAUGCCGCAGCUGGUGAGGAUUCUGCUGGAGGCUUACGACUUCCGGGGGGCGGUGCUGCUGCUGGCGGGCGUGGCCCUCAAUGCCACGGUCGGUUCGGUGCUGCUGCAGCCGGUGAAGUGGCACAUGAAGGAGGAGUUCGACGACGAGGAGCUCAUGUGCAUCUCGGCCCUGCCCACCCCGCAGCCUCAGCUGACGGUCGGCGGCGGAAUAGGUGGCGGCGCAGCGGCAGGAGCGCCCGAAUUCAAGGUUAUCAAGGAGGAUGGCAACGAGGAGGAUGCUCUGCCCGAAAUGAACACGCUGCUGUUUCACAAGCAUCAUGCGCAUCAGCAUUCGAUGCGAAAGAACUACUCGGAAAUGGCCAUGAACACGAUGAAUGGCAAUCGUUUGGGACUGCCAAAGAGGCCAACUUUCCCACGAAUCAUGUCCCUGGCCGGCGUACAAUCGGCGGCUGGCGGAGAUUCGGGCGGCUAUACAUCGCAGGCGGAGGUCAAUGCCACGCAGCUGCGCUGCCGCAAGGCCUCGGUCACCUCGAACCUCUCCUACAUGGACUUCACCGGCUCCAUACUCCAGGUGCAUCUGAACACCGGCGACGAUGAGUUCGAGCAGAACGAUCGCGAACUGCGACGCGUGGGCACCGCCACGGGCAGCAUCGUUCUCGGCGGUCAUCGCGAUAGCUUCAUCAAGAUGAAGCCCACCGAGCUGGACAAACAGGCCGAGGCGGCCGCCGCCCUCGACGAGGAGGCCAAGAAGAAGGCCAAGAAGCCGGGCUUCUGGCGUCGCUUUGCCGAUCUCCUGGACAUCGAUAUGCUGAAGGACAAGAUGUUUCUCAAUCUCCUCUUCGGUCUCUCCAUUUUCUAUGUGGCCGAGAUGAACUUCAAGAUGGUCACGCCAUUCUUUUUCGCCAAUCUCGGCUAUCAGAAGGCCGACGUCGCCUUCUGUCUCUCGAUCACCGCCAUUACGGAUAUCGCGGCCAGGAUUGUGUUGCCGCCGAUCUUUGAUCGCACCACCAUCAAGAAGCGCACCAUUUUCCUAGUCUCCAUCAUCUUUGUGGCCCUGACGCGUUCAAUUAUGGCCGAGCAAACGGACUGGACCCAGUUGAUGAUUUGGCUUUCGAUCUGCGGCUUCUUCCGCGGAUCCGCCCUGAGCAACUUCACCCUAACUGUAUCCGAAUACUGCUCCCUGGAGAAGCUGCCCUCGGCCUUUGGCUGGCAUCUGGUGGGCAAAGCCCUGUUCGUCAUCACAUUCGGACCACUCAUCGGCCUCAUUCGUGAUGUGACCGAUAGCUAUCCUAUCUGCAUUCACACCCAGAGCGUGUGCAUCAUGAUUUGCGCCAUUGCCUGGGGCAUCGAGUACCUGGUGGAGUACAUCCAGUCCAGACGCCGCACCGCCGAUGCCGCCCAGUUGCCCACCCAGGAUUUGGCAGCGACAACGACGACGACGGGACAGCCGGAUGUGAAACUUUAAGAUGGC